UCGGACGUCGGGUUACGCGCGGCGCGGAGGCGGCCGCGGGCUGAGAUACCGGCACCCAGCUCCAGGUCCGGGGUCGCGGCUGGGCAGCGCGGCCCGGGCUGCAGCGAGGCCGGCGGCCCCUCGCGCCCUCCCGUCAGGCCGCCAUGCAAGGCCCGGGAGGGAACGUGAGCCGCGGAUUGCCCGGCGGGCCGGCCUCCACGGUCGCGUCCGGGGCGGGCCGCUGCGAGAGCGGCGCGCUCAUGCACAGUUUCGGCAUCUUCCUGCAGGGGCUGCUCGGCGUCGUGGCCUUCAGCACAUUGAUGCUUAAACGCUUCAGAGAACCAAAGCAUGAAAGACGGCCGUGGAGGAUAUGGUUUUUAGACACUUCCAAACAAGCCAUAGGGAUGCUCUUCAUCCACUUUGCAAAUGUGUACCUAGCAGAUCUCACUGAAGAGGACCCUUGUUCACUGUACCUCAUCAACUUUCUUCUGGACGCCACUGUAGGCAUGCUACUCAUUUAUGUGGGCGUACGUGCCGUCGGUGUCUUGGUGGAGUGGCAGCAGUGGGAAUCCCUGCGUUUUGGAGAAUAUGGAGACCCUCUGCAGUGUGGGGCCUGGGUAGGGCAGUGUGCCCUCUACAUCGUGAUCAUGAUCUUUGAAAAGUCUGUGGUCUUCAUCGUCCUUCUCAUCCUCCAGUGGAAAAAGGUGGCCCUAUUGAAUCCAAUUGAAAAUCCCGACCUGAAGCUGGCCAUCGUCAUGCUGAUAGUCCCCUUCUUUGUCAAUGCUUUCAUGUUCUGGGUAGUAGACAAUUUCCUCAUGAGAAAGGGGAAGACGAAAGCUAAACUAGAAGAAAGAGGAGCCAACCAGGACUCAAGGAAUGGGAGCAAGGUUCGCUACCGACGGGCAGCAUCCCAUGAGGAGUCUGAGUCUGAGAUCCUGAUCUCAGCCGAUGACGAGAUGGAGGAGUCUGAUGCCGAGGAGGACCUCCGGAGACCUGUGAAAAAGAAGCACCGCUUCGGGCUGCCCGUAUGACACAUUCCCACGCUGCGGGUGACAGUCCUGGGGCCCAGCCCUGCAGCAACAGCGUCGCUUCCCUCCUCUCUACCCUCCUCUUCUACCUCCACUCCUCCUGCUGUCUCUGCCCGCUCUCCACCCGCCCCAGACGACUGUGACUUAAAAGAGGGAAGAGGACCCAUGCCUGAGGGGGCUGUGGGCAGCUGGAGUGCCCGCUCAGUUGCACUACAAACACUGACCAAAUAUGCAAGCGAAGAGCUUUGUUUGUUUGUUGUUGUCCCUUAGGGGUGCUGUGAGACCCCCUGUCCUGUCUGACCAGGUGGCAUGGUGGAAGGAAGCAGCACACAGACAGUUGCAGGUCCUGGGGCUGAGGCUGCCGGCCUUGUGGAUGAGCGCCGUGCUUGGGGUUAGCAGUCGCUGGUUGACCCAAGUUGGAACAGGAAUGCUUUCUUAACUCAAAAUGGCUUUUGUAACUCUUAAUUUCUAAAGCCAGUUUUAUGAGCUGUGACAGUGUUACUGUUUUUUGAGUAUGUGUUUAUUUCCUACAAAGUAUCUAUGGGUCUAAUGGGCAAACAGAUUUUUAAGUCUUCCGUAUGCUGUUUGACUUUUAUAUUUUUAAGUUAUAUUUUCAUACUAUUGUAUUUAAAACUCUUUUUAAUCCCCAAAGACAUGGAUUUGUUCGCCUUUCAUGGGGUAUGAGCUGGGGGGAGGUGGGUAAGAAUGAGGAGUUUUGGAGCCAGGAAUAUUGUUAAGCAACAUCAAUGGUGAGGUAAACAGUCCUGGUGGGAAGGCAGAUAGAUAGCGCUUAUCUGCGCUCACAGAUCCAUAGUUAAGGUCAGAACCUGUGCACGAGGCAGCUGCUCAGGUAGAUCUGUGUGUCCAGUGUGUGGACAGACAGAGCCCUGCCAGGGCAUAUAAGCUGCCGUGUUGGAGGCAAUGGUUAAACUUCACUCAGGAGUUAGACGUUUGUGUCCAGAGGACUCAAGACCGCCACCGGCUACUCCUGUUGGUUUCCUGCCUCUCGGUCUGUAAAUUGCAAGUGUUAGAAUGACCCCAGCCUCGACCGCCAUAUUGCAGAGCCAACCUUUGCCCUGGUCUGUCACCAGCUGCCACCUGCUUGCUUGCUUAGCUGUCUGGAGAACUCUUCCUGGCCAGAAGAGCCUCUCAUGAUGCCCUCCAAAGUUAUGAAGUGGCUGGGGCAGAGCAAACACCGGGCGAGAGAGCCAUGUUUGAGUGUAUAGAUUGUAUGAGGCGCUUCUAACUGGCUCCUCUCUGCUGGCCUCACCCACUCCUCAGCUGGGCUGUGGUUUACCUGUGGUCCAGCCUGGCCUGGCGCUGUCCCUGCUGUGGGAGCAGCAGGGCGGGGCUGUCUGAUGGCCCGUCAGUGCAGCCGGUGGCACAGUGGGAUGGAGCACAAGAACACCCCAGCGCCUCACGGGCUGGGACCUUAGGUGAGACAAGCACGGAGGACAACUCUACUCAGAACCUCCUAAGCCUAGGUCAGAGCAUGCUUUGCAUAAGGAUACAGGCUCUAUGCUCGUGGCCCGUGACCCUAGCCCUUACCCCAGGGUACCUGGGCUGUCUUCUGCCACUUGAAAUCUUAAUUGUCACAGACAGAAGGGUACGCUCUGGGUGGCCCUCAGCCCAUUGCCUAGUGCAAGUCACCGAGAAGAGUGAGUCUGCUGUGGGAGGCUGCACAUUCCAGUCAGGCAGAGGCCAUGACCUGGAAUAGAUGGGGCAGGCCCUGCCUUGUUCCCGGCUCCCAUUUUCUUCCACUCUACAGUGGUGGUCAUUCUCUCCCCUUCUCUAGUGAGCUUCCACUGAGCUCAAACUCCUGGUGAGCUGGUCAGCUCCUGGGCCUUACUGACGUCAUCCUCAUAUCCCCUUCCUUCUGCGCCCUGACUUCCACUAAGGGCUAUCGUCUCUGGGCUGCAGCUGUAGAGCAACAGGAGAGGCAGUUCCACAGGGAUCUGCCACUGGAGCCUGUCUGUGUGCGGGCUUGGUGUGUGUCAGUCCUUCCCUCUCCGUGUGGAUAUGCGCAUGCACCCAUGCAGCAGAAGCACAUACAAUUCCGCAUCCCUCGGGAGAGCCUCCAGUGGCCGACAAGGCCUUUCUGUCACUGUGGUACACUGUCUCACUGGAAUGGAUGUAGAGGGCUCUGGUCAGGACCUCUUCCUGAGCUGUCCCCCCUCCCCGGAACGAGUGUCCACAUCACUUGUUCCAAGUUGCCUUAUGAGGUGGGACCCUUGCCUGGCUAAUGGCGGGCAACACCAAACUAGAAAAACAAAAAACAAGAAGUGGAAUGCUGACCUAGCUGUGGUGUGCUGUCAAUCUGAUUUGUCCAAAUAAGUUCCCUUGGCCAAGCUGCUCUUGGUGGACGCUUGCCAGCCAAGGCAAUG